UGAAAAGGCAAGACAGUUUCAUCAUCAGAGUCACUGCUGCCAACACAAACUAAGAAGACAUGCUGCCAAUCCGAGCUGUGGUGGUGAUCGCACUUACUGUUUGUCUGACUGCAAACACAUCAGCAGCUCAUCCUCACUGCUGUCGAGGGUACAUGACAGGCAGAUUAUCAUAUUCAACCAUCAAGGGGUACUCAGUCCAGACUGACACAGAGAUGUGUCCCAUCAAUGCCAUCAUUUUCCACACAAAGAAGGGGAAAGCAUGUGCCGAUCCAACUCUGAAGUGGGUGAUUGAUGCUAUCGAUCGCAUAAGGAAUAAAGCACAGAAGAUCCACCAGCGCAGCUCACGGCAGAUGAAAUAGAAGAUCAUUGGAGCUUUUUAAAGAGAGAGCUGAUGCCAACUACAGAAAACAAACAGUUUUUUAUGUGAUCUUUGCAUCCAGCAACUGUUUUAUAGUCCAGUGAACUCCACAAUGUGGAGCCUGCUGUAAAUAAGAAAGAUGUUGUCAAACAAUGGACAUAUUAGCUCAGUUUUAAGAGGUCUAUAAUAUUAAUUUAUACAAUUAUAUAAUUUAUUUGUAAUUGUAAUAUUUUUGUUUUGUGCAUGUAGUGGUGUGUUAAAAACGAGUAAUUCAUGCAAUUGUUUUUGUGGUUUUAUACAUA